UUAUGAUGAAAACAGCCGCCAUUUUGUGGGCGAUAUUUAGAACAAUACAUUACAUGGCUGCAUUUCAGAAUGGGGAAAUGGAGGAAGAGGCUAAGAUCUUGCAGGACAGAUUUCUAAGCGAGUACGCAGACAGUGAUGAGGUGGAUCAAAGGGAUGUGAAGAGGGUUCGAAAUUGUCUGCCGUACGUGGAAAAGUUUUUAAUUCAAAAGUUGGGCGAUGGAGAAGCAGCAUAUGAAAUGCUAGUUGGAGCUCUUAAAUGGCGUAAAACCUUUGGAGUUCACGAUUUAAAAUACCAAGAGCUGGAUCAGUCAAUGCUCGAUAUUGGAUUAGCAUAUAACCAUGGAGAAGACAAGGAACAAAAUACAAUUGUAAUCCUCAAUUGUCAUCUUCAUAAAAAAGAUCCAAAAAAGCUUCCCGACCUCCAAAAACUCUUUGUAUUUGCUCUAGAAUCUCACGCUCGUAAAUUUCCUAAUAAAAAGGUCACACUUGUUUUCAACAUGUCACAGUGUGGGCUGAGCAACAUGGAUAUGGACUUUGUGAAAGUGAUCAUAAACUGUUUCAAGCUCUACUUUCCCAACAUGCUGGGGUACAUGCUAGUGUUUGAAAUGCCAUGGCUACUACAAGCUGCUUGGAAGAUCAUUAAGUCAUGGCUGAGCGAAACAGCAGUUAGAAAAAUAAAAUUUGUAACUAAAUCAGACAUCACUGAUUACAUUUCUCCUUCACAACUACUCACAAUGUUUGGCGGGGUCGACGACUGGACAUUUGAUGCUCUAACUUUCAAGGAAGAACUCCGCAAAGAACACGACUCAAUCUGGCUGAAAGACCCUCUCGGGGUAUCCCCUGAUGAAGGUAUCGGAGCAGAAGAGGAGGAGGAAGAGGAGGACGGGGAAGGGGAGGAGCUUAAAGAGAGCGAGUCAGGACCCAGACAAGUUAGGUUUGCUUCUGGCCAGCCCCCCAGUCGUCAGAGCCGUUACGGCACUGAUGAAGAUGCAGAAUACUAUGGUCAGCGCUCAACGUCCUCACUGGAACCACAUUUGCUGAGAGGAACUGCCUCCAGCCCUGGAUAUAGGAGGAGACAGGUCACAAAACUCAUCAGCUCAUCUCAACCGUCCCCGGAACAUUCUUUGCCUCGUUCCACCAGUAGCAUUGAUUAUGGAGAUCUUCCUUCUUAUAGAAAACCUCCUCCAUCAUACGUCCAUAUAAGUCCGUCGGAGGAGUUACAUUUCUGUGGUCAGCCCGAUAAAGAUUUGUUCAGCACGCUUCAAUUGAGCAACAUCUCGGAUCAACCGCUAGCUUAUAAAAUUAAAACGACGGCUCCCCAAAGAUAUAAAGUCCGUCCGAACCUUAACACAAUAGAUCCUCACUCUAAAGCGGCAGUUCAAGUCCAGCUGGUCAAAGGGACUGGAUUGGAUACGAAAUCAAUAACUCAAGACAAGUUUCUCAUUCAGACCUACCAGUUUGAUUCCGGGGCCACACCCCCUAGCACCUCCCAGUUGAGCCUCUUCUGGAAGGAACUGAGUUCAUCCAGCGUCCAGGAGUACAGGUUGUUAUGUCGCUACUCUUUAAAGACAAUAAAAGAGGAGGUCCCCACAAGUAAACCCUCGCCAACCCACUCCUCAAACCAAGAACAAAUUAAAAAAGACAUUUCGCCGAUGGCAAUUAGAAAGUUGGAUAGAUUGUCAAUUGAAAUUAAUGAAUUGCGAAACACUUUGAAUUAUGUGAAGUAUCUAGCAAUGGUGACGUUGCUGCUAGUCCUUUUUACACUUGCUGUAUUGCUGCUGAAAUAAUUUGAGAACUUCUUUUAGAAAUUCUUCCUCUGUAAGAUUUUGACUAUAUUAUAUGAAUUAUAAAUAUUAUUAAAAAUGGAAA